AUGCGAAACGCUGCUGCUUUAACUAUUGUCGGUAUUAUCUUUCUCGCUUUUGGUAUUGUGCUUACACUUGUGAUGGCAUUUGGAAUUUUAAGUGAAUGGUUUCUCAAUUAUAUUCCUGCUGCGUUGCUCUUCUUAGCAUGUCUUUUUAUGUUAGCUGGAUUGGCUGAAGGUGCUCGUUAUGUAACUUAUAACGGUUAUUCAGCUAGUUUAUAUGAAACUGGUCAUUUAUUAACAAUGCUUUCUCUCUUCUUGAGUGCAACAGCAGGAGGUCGUAUCUCUCACGCAUGCGGUGGUGGAAAUUAA